AUGACGGAUGCCUUGGUGUCAGGUUUAUGGGGGCGCACAGAUCACGAGUGGUCAGCUAGAAAUUCUGAGGGUCGUUCUAGGGGGAUUCUUACAAUAUGGAGGAAAGAUGUUCUUCAAUCGGAGUUUAGUUUCUCAGGUAAAGGCUUCUUGGGUAUCAUGGCUCGCUGUAAAGGUUCGAUCUUCUAUUUUAUCAACAUUUACUCUCCCUGUAGUCUGAUAGACAAAAGGUCGUUAUGGGCUGAGUUAUUAGAUUGGAAACAAAAGCUUGAAAGAGGGGAAUGGGUGAUUGGUGGUGAUUUUAAUUCAAUCAAAAACAGAGACGAGAGGAGGGGUAAGGAAUCUCUUAGAAGAGAUGUUGAGAUGGGGGAGUUUGGUAGUUUCAUAGAGAACAUGGAGCUAAUUGACACUCAGAUUAUAGGUGGAAGUUUCACUUGGAUCAAACCUAAUGGUAAAGCUUGUAGUAGGUUGGAUAGGAUCCUGGUGUCGGAAGGGCUGAUUUCCAAAUGGGGAGUGGUGGCGCAAGAGGUGGGGAACAGGGAUAUUUUAGAUCACAAACCAGUGUGGUUGAAAUCAAGUAGGGUGGAGUGGGGACCUAAACCCUUCAGGCUAAACCAGUGCUGGUUUGAACAUAAGGAUUUCAAAUCUUUUGUUCAGAAGGAGUGGACUUCAUUUUCGGUUAAAGAAAGUAUAGCUUUUGCCCUUAAGGAGAGAUUCAAGAAUCUUAGAGGAAGGCUCAGAUGGUGGAACAUAAAUGUUUUUGGAGAGAUAGAUUUAAAGAUUGAAGAGGAUGUUUUAGCCAUGAAUAAGUUAGAAGAAGUAUUGAUGCAGCAUAAUGAUUAG